AUGAUUCGUGAGCAACUUGAAAGGUCUUUUAUGACUACUAUUGCUCCUGAUCACUCUGAAUGUUAUAACAGAGAUCACUAUUCGUUUAAGCCUUGGCACACAUAUUCAGCAAGUGAAGACUGGUGUAAUAAUUGUUCUGGUUCAGGCAUUAAUCUGAAUUGUUACGUAGGUAUAGCCUGGGGUAAAGAAUUCUAA